UCUACGCACGUCUCCCAAGUUAAUUAUUUCUUCCUUUCCGAUUUUCCGUCAAAAAGUUUUGACAUUAAUUUAUCAAUUAUCCCAUGCUUCGACCAUCUCAUUCGUUUCGAUUAUUGGUCGAAAUAAAAACUUCCUCUCUCUUAAAUCAAAAUAUUCUCUUUAGCACUCUGUUCUCAAAAACCAUCAGUCUACGUUCUUCCUGUGAAGUUCUAAACCAAUAUAAAAAUGAUGAAUGACAUGUAAUCCGAAAAUCAUGGUCAGUCUGUCGAAAAAUGUGAGUUCCAAGAUCUUGGCCGCUUGAUGUCACUGCUAGCACGGCGCUUGGUGCUGAAGAGUGGGGGAGAAAAACAGUUGCGGGCGUCGCGGCGCCAGGCGAGCGCAGUGGGUUGAGUGUUGCCUACCAGGGCAGGGGCAGUGGUGAGACAAGCAACAGCUCCAGCCGGGGAAAUUGUGCAAAAAAUUAAAAGAAAAAAUUUACAAGGAAGGAACGUCAUUCAGUUUCCAUUUACAAACAUCACAUUAUAACUGCCUUUAUACUGAACUUUCCCGCUUGAAAGACGACGCAGUCAGUGAUUAAGAUAACCACAUUAUUUUAUUUAAAAUGCAAGAUGUUAAUGUGAUAGUUAAUUGAAACUGAUAGAAAGGAACCUAACCAGUGAUUGGAACGAAAUAAGAUUUGGUUACACAUACAAACUAAUUUUUAUUACGUUAGUAUCAUGUCUAAAGCUGUGAAUAUUUAAUGCUUUAUCUAAAUAACGCAAUAUAUAUAUAACUAUUUUUAAAAGGUACUCGCAGGCAAGUGAAUGAUUUGUGUCAGUGGUUAAUUAGUCACUGUUAUCAGUCAAUUAUUUUAACACUUGUUACAUGUGUGCGCAUAAAUCUACAGUAUAUGACAGUCGACUGAAAGCAGCAACACAAGAGCGAAGGUUUACAUGUCUUUUAAUUUCAGCAUUCAAAUGCCAAAUUAAAUCCCAUUCUAAAUGAACGCUUUAAUCACUGCCAGUGAAAAGAUAGCAAGUAAAUCUACCUUCAGCAAGUUGACCGAAUAAGUUACAAGUCAUAAAUAAGUUCUCGUACAAAGUUUUGAUUGUAUUAUUUUCAUAUCCAGAUACAAAUAUACAGUGAUAUUAAGGUGAAACUGAGACUCUCAGUUCAAAAAAUAACUUGAACUUGUCGGUUAACUACGUGUGUUUGUGUGAAGUGACUGAGAAAAUACAGGAUUCUUUUAUCAGAAACAGCGACAUAUCCUACAUCAAGAUUCUGCGCUUUGCAAAGGUGAGCCCUACGUUCUUCUGUUAUCUGCAAUCAUGGAGUUCUGGUGGUGGCCUUGUGAACGUGGAGAUGAAACUGCAGCUCUGUGAGAGGUUUUCGUGAGGCACAUUCUUGCUGUUGUGAAGGCGGCAAGCCGCGCGUUAAACCGGGCCAGCUGGCGUCCUCACCAGCUUCGCUAUCUGUCAUGGGAAAGGGUGACAAGAGGGGACACGCACAGCGUCCUGAUGCAGGGACGAAUCUAGUGGGGAAAUUCACGCAAAGUGUUCGUCGAAUAGUUCAGGAUGUCAAGGACGAAGGAACUUCAAGCGGGCAAUCGAAAGAAGAGGUAAUCGAAACAAAUGAACGGCUGAGAGCAGUACGCGUACGUCUGGAGGAGAGCUACGAGACUGCAAAGCGGUCGCUGGUAACCCUGAUGACCAAAUACGCUGACAGCAAGUCAGUGCGGAACGUGUUCCAGAGAUACAACCUUCUCAAGGCCAUGAUCAAGGAAGUGAUUCGUUUGGAGACCCAAUACUGGACUCUAGUGGACAUUCCGAAACAGGAGAAGCAAGAAACAGUGCCAGCCUUUGUUCUACGUGCGUGUGCCAUUAUGGAGAAAACGCAGAAGUCCGGGGAGGGUGUGAAGACGUCAGCAAAACUUGCGGAAGAAGCAGAGAACCGGCGAGAGAGGAUAGAUCGACUUGAGAACAUGACGAUCCUACAGAUUGAGAGUGAGAACACACAGAUGACCAAUGACCUCUACCGCCUACUGAAGAAGUACUCUGGUCUGAGGAACCUAAUCCGAGAACUAAAGACAGAGUACAUGAAUUCGAAGGUGUACCCAAUCUUCCCUCGUUACACCAUUCUCAAAGACAUGAUCAAGGAUAUAAUGCACAAUCCUGACUAUAUGGAGGUAUGUCAUGAGCUGGGUGAUUAGUCCUGCUAGAAGCUCGGUCACUUUAGGAUGCAUCAAGCAGUUUCAUCAGCCCAAAACUUACCAGUCCCCACAUUACUGUCGAGCUGACAGAGGAAACCAUGAUAUGACAAUGCUAUUUAAACAUGAUUUUUGUAUAAUAUUGUAACAAUGUUACAUCACCACCUUCACUUUACAAACAUGUCACGUAAUUCACCAUGAUAUACCCCACGCUAAUACAUCAAAUCGUGACUUUCUCAUCAAAUCAAAAAUCAAAAACUGUCAGAAUUUGUGUGAUGUGCAUAUAAGAUGACUGAUUUUCUCUAAAUUUGAUUAAAAUUCAUUAAAGCAAUGCAUUAAGAAAAAAACUGCUUAACAGCUGAUUUACAAAUUUUGCUAAAAGUAUUAUCCACCUAGUACUCAAUAAAAAGUAAUCACAAAUGUGGUAAAAAUUAAAUGCAAAUCAAAAUAACCUGUAGCAUACAUUCAAUUAACCAAACAAGAACUUAACGAAAAUUUAUGCCUCAAAAUACUGAAAAUGUAACACAAAAUUUUGAAAAGUGCACUAAAAAUUCAUAAAUUUAGAUUCACUAUAUAACUUCAACAUAAUUCGAUAAAGUACUUUAAGUUAAACUACACAAUCUGGACUCAUCACUGUGUUCUGGAAGAUUAGAAGUUUCAAUAUAUGUGCAAUGAUGAAAUAUAAAUAAAUUAAGAACAUGAAUAUUAUUUUAGACACCAAAACAAAAUAAGUUUGACCAGCAGUUAACAAAAAAGUUAUAAAAAUCAUAAGAUCAAAUAAAAUUAGACUUGUUCUUACUUCAAUACAACAUGCACAAUCACAGAUGUCUUCAUCAAGUUCUUCAAACACAAUUACCACAUUCGGACUACAACUACAUUUUGACAUUAAACAUUACACAAAACAGAAUAAAAGGGCAACCAACAUUUUCAAAAAAACAGGUAAAUGAAAUGAUAAGUUCUAGAUCUCUCCACAUAUCAUCUCUUGUAAUCAGCAAUGACCUUCCAACACAGGCAAGCACAAUGUAUUUAACUAUAAAACAAUCAUAAAAUGCCUGUGUGAAAGGCCCAUUUCAAUAUAAAAAAAUGAAUGCACACUAUAUGUUAUUUUCUGUUCAUGCCUAUGUUGCUAAUAAAGAUACAUAAGAGGACUGGUAAGUUUUGGGUUGUACAUGGUGUCUUGAGUCAUCACUGGCAAUAUCAGUUGUCAUUAUAACCACCACCCUCAUCAUUGUUACUGCGGACCUAAAGUAAUCGUGCUGGAACAAGGCUGUAUUGUUAACAACUACACGCUUAUUAAUUUAUUUAAAUAUAAAAUAAACAAAUUACAUAAUGUAAAUGAAACCAUCCAAGGUGGAAUAUGUCAAUUGAAAUCCAUAGGAUUAAAAUUUUAAAAUGUAAUUGGUUUGUACAGUAAGGUCAGCUCUUUCAAAUACAUGAAACUGGCAUCAUUAUUAGAACAAAACUGUCUCAAAACUCAAUUACCUUAUUGAUCCCUGCAUCUCUGAAAUACAAACAUAAAAUUCCUGUCUUUAAUAACCUGUAGUUUCACUGAAUAAUCCUAUAUAGCAAAUUGAUAAUGGCAAAAGUGAAAGGAAAUACAAUUUAUUCGUCAAUUUCUCACACAACAAUAUAUAAAAGAAAAACAUAUCACUUCAACUGCAUAUCCUUUGUUUUAUUCAUAAGGCCAGUUAUAUCUUUUGUGAAGUUUAUCAAGUAGCAAUAAGAUGUGCCUGAAACAAUGUGUGGCAAUUUAUAUAAUGACAUCUUUUUUUGUGAAGACAUAAAAACAAAAAUGAUGACUAUUCACACUUCACACUUCAUUUGAGAUAGAACCCGUUUGGUGGCUACUGAUAAUAUUCUUCAGAUGGGUUGGAUUAAUGUGUGUGUGCGCGCGCUCGUUCACACAUGUGUACAUGUGAGAGAAAUUGCUUCCAAACUGAAGGAAUACCAUAAUCAAUGUUUAACAAAUUUUUAAGAAACCGCAUGGUACUUGAGAAUGGACUCUUUAUUACCAUAAAGAAAUAAGAAACUUUCUCAUAAUCAAAUGUAAAAUUGUAAGAUUUCUUCAUAAAUUCACUUAAAACAUCAGCAAAGUUAGCUCUCCACAUAAAAACAUAAUAUAAUGUAAAAAUUUGAAUCAUAUUUAAUAUGUUAAAGUACUGCAAUUUUCUAUUUACCUAUGAAAGAUAAAAUAAUUUCAAAGCCAUGAAAGCAUAUUAAUAUAAAUUUUAAUAACUUUAGAACAAACUGUAACAAAAACCAUUAUUACAAAUUACUGUUGUGGACUUCUGCUCAUUAAUUCACAAAAUCAAUUUUUCCCAGGAAAGUGUGAUGAACAAUAUCAAUGAUAAUUUGUCACCAAUUUGGAUAGUGUAUGUGAAAACAAGAUAUCUUGCAAGAAGUGUUGUGUGUGGCCCAAAAUAAUGUCAUUCUUUUUCAAUUUUAUGCUACAGAAAAUAUUUUUACUGAUUAAUAAUUUUACACAAUUUAACAUUAAUUAUAAUCAAUCAACUGUGGGGCAGGAAAUAUGAUGACAGUUCCACUUUCAAUGAGUGAGAUUCAAUACAAACCAAUUAUAUAUUUGUUCAAUAGAUAUGUUUUAUAAAUUGAGGAUUGUUUUGCAUAGUAAAACUCCCUUUCAUAAACUGUUUUGUGACGAAGGUAAAUCAGGAUGCUCUGUAAUGAAGUAUAUGAUAUUUUGAACAAUGUUUGGUAAUGAUAAAGCACGACACAUAAAUCUGAUGCCAAAAUACUGACACCAGCAUUGAAAUUCCUUACAUUAAAAUGUUCUGUAGGAACCCAAAGAAACAUCAAAAUGUACUGGAACAGCUGGUGAACCAUCCCAUUUCAAACCAAAUAAGGUGUUCUUCAUUCAAACUAGAGCAUGAAGAACACAUUAAAAUCAAUAAAUGAUCAUUAUCCAAACUACUAUAAAUUUCCCAUGUACUGCAUUUAAUGGAUACCACAAAGAUAAUGUUUCAAUGAAAAUUAUACAUCUUAAUAACACCCAUUAAUUUAAAAUAAGUGCUCUUGACAGACAACUAUGGUUUGCCAACAAAGAAAAAGUUUAAACACUGAUGCCAGCUUCUCCACAUGGUUCUCCUACUCACUCCAGUACAAUCACUAUUUGCUGAUGCAACUUACACCCUUUUAAAGUAUAAGGACAAUUGGCAAUGCAAUUGAAAAUAACAGAUAUACAAAAUUUACAUUAGUAACAAAGUUCUUAAGGCAGCCUGAUACCUUCAGAAACAGUGAAACAAAAACCAUAGAUACAACACCUUUUCCUCAAAAAUAAAAAGUAAAGUGAAUAUGAGUGGAAAUAAUAAAAUGUUACGAUUAGUGUGAUGUUGGUUUCAAUCUUCUGUGGCUGUUGUCCUUUCUAAACAAAUAUCUUUAUUCUACUCGUAUAACAAGAAGCUGUUCAUGCUGUUAAAUGUGUCUUUGUGUCUCCAAAAAGUCUGUGGAAAUGUGUGUAACUCCUUGUUUGUCUUGUCAUUAUAAAUGUGACAGGGAUGUAUGUAAGAAAAAAGUCUAUGCCUAAACACAAGAAAAUGUUUGUUAAAACUGUUUCAGUUCUGUAUUACCAGGAGUUAUUUUUGCAAGUUGUAUCAAAACGAAUGUGUGUGAACUGGUUACAUUUACCUUCAAAAGAACAACAUAUCCAAAUCUCCUAUUUAUACAUUUUAAAUUUCCAAGUAAAUAACUACUUAAAAACAAAAAUGCCAUUUUUAAAGUAUAUAUAUAAAAACAAACUUGCUACAGUAUUCUCUCAUUUAAAAGAGAGACAAAUGCUUCUGUUUUGUAAUUUGCAGCAGCCAGGUACAGAAUGUGAGAGGUUAAGGUUGGUGUGGUUUUCUGUUACCCCACGAGCAUCCAGGUGUUCUGAGAGAAUUUGUGUGAAAACAGUGCUGUAAGCCCAUAAAGGGGGAACAUGAUGUAAAAACCCUAAAUAAUAUACGAAACUUCUUUUUAUUGCUUUAAUAUAUAUGUCACAAAUUGGCCAGGCAGAAUACAGGCUGUAUUAGUGUGAUGACAAGCAAACAGAAUGAGGAAAGCAGCAAUUUCUUAAAUGUAAAUUACAAAUUUAAAAUUUUUAAAUAUUAUUAAUUGCUCAUCUUCACACAACAAUAAUGGAUAAAUAAAUUUAUGCACGUACUCAUUUAACAUAAUCCAACAGUGAUAUAUGUUUCAAACUAAAUUUUCCAUUUUCAAGCCUUAAUAUCUGAGAAAACUAUUUGUUGUGAGCAUCACAGUGGUGUUAAAAUAUCAGGCACAGAAUAUUAUGACUUUGUACAUAUGAUAAGAUUGUUAAAAAUUGCGAGAUUAACAUUUAAAAUGUGCUCACAUUCCAUAUUUUCCAUUCAUUAUGUCUUUUGUUGAUGCUAAAUCUGUAGAACUGGCAGCAUUGUUCAAGUGACAGGUUAAAGUAACAAGUGACAGUUCUGCCAGGUUCUACAAAUCAGCACCAACAAAAGACAUUAUGUAUUAGCAUUUCAGUCAAUGAGACCAAUUUUAAAGCAUAUUCAUCCGUGCACUGAUGUUAUGUGGGAGCAAAUGGAAAUACUAAUUAUAGUUUGAAUUAAAAUACUACAACAUAAAAAAUUCAGAUCUGUAAUGCCUUUUUUAUUUAUUAUUUAACAAUGCUAUCAGUAGUUCGAACUAUACAGCAUCAAAAUUGUAGGAUGAUUAAAGGAUGUGGAAGGGAGUGGUUGUGGCCUAAUUUAAGGCACUGUCCUGUCGUCUGUCUGGAAGAACUGAGUGAAACCACAAAAACCUCAUUCAGAGCCAAAAUGUGAACAUGGGACCUCCAAAAUAUGAAGCAGCUAGCCACUCAAAUACAAUGUUUGAUUAUGAUUAGUAUCAUCAGUGCUUUAACUUCAUGGAGUAUAAAUGUAAAUUUUAUAUAUCAAAACACAAAUUCUCUCUUCACACCUGGUUGUACACUUAAAUAUAUCUAUGUGUUAGAAGAAAGAUACACAACAAAUGACUCUCCCUGAUGUCUUCUACUUUCCUUUGUACUGUGGUAUUUGGCUGUGAGUGGCUAUAUUCAAGUAUGUUCCUUUGAUAUCUGCCUUCUCCUCCCCAUAUGUACAUUGUGCUUUAUAACUUAAUAUGAGACCAACAGAUGUAAACCUUGCAGAACAAAUCCACAAAUUCACAUAUGCACUAAGCCAAACAUAUGCUGGCAACAUUGUUCUCUCUGAAACAUUAAUAGCCCUACUGUAUAGAAAACAAGGUAAAGGUUUCUCUUUCACUCAAGUUUGCAUGUACUGUGGUAAUACAGGACAUUGGUAUGAGAAUGAUGUGAAUAUGAUUAAAAUAUUAUCACUGUGAAGAUGGCUGAUAAUAAUCUAUGUAGUUAGAAGGAUAAUAAGGUAACAUUUUAUACUGCCACCAAGCCUCUUUUUGCUUUAAAACAUGAAAGAUACUAGUUGAAUAGUUUUUGAGAUAUAAAAUAUUAAGUCUGGCAGAACUGCCAUAUUACUUCACUUUCUCAACAUAUCUAAUACUUAAAUGUCUCCCACAGUUUACAUUAAAAUAAAGCCAGUAAAUAAAAAUUAGCCGAUACCAUGAAUUUCAAUUUUUCAAUAUGAUGAUGCCUCUAUGGAUAAGUACUUAAAAAUGGGAAUGAGUAAAUGCAUCUUGAUGAUUCCUUUGGGUAAGCAAAUUUUGGUUGUUACUGUGUUAACAAAAAUCAGUGACAGUUUUAAGAUGCAACUAGUAUAUGUGUUUCCAGAAUAUUAUUACACAGACACAUAUUAUUUGUUCAAGCUCAUGUCAAGGAGCAGUCAUAGGCUGAGCUUGAAAUGAGUUUCAGAAAUGCAGAAACACUCUUGAUGAAACAAUGAGGACAAAUGGAUUAAUUAUAGGAAUACUGAAUACUACUACCAAAAAUCUUGAAUUCCACUAGCAGAGAACUGAUACAAAAGUGUAAUGUUUUUUGUAUUCCUUUAAAUUUAUCAACUGUGGCCCAUGUACUGCAUCAUUAUACCAACAUUUUUUGAGUACAAGUAGAUAAAAUGAAAUAAAACCAGACCUGAUCAAUAUACAGAGUAGUUUCAGAAAUGAAGUUCAGCUCUCUGAAAACACCUUCAGUUGGACUAAUAUCUUACUAUCUGGAAAUUGGACUUUGGUACUAAUUAUCUAUGCAAUUUACUCAGCACCCCUUUAUACAUAACAUAAUCACAUAAUAAAAGAACUUAUUCUCUUUAUCCAUCAAACUUUUAAUGUUAAGAAAUUGAAAGCACAUGUCUACCUGCAUGUUCAGUACAUCUACUUGUUCAGAAGGCAUAACUAUUGUAAAACAAUAUUACCACCAAAGUGAUAUAGUGUUAGUAUUUGAAACACUGAGGAAUGGCUUAAUAACUGUUGUAAAGUUAUCAUUGCAGUCAAAACAUUAGCUUCAACAUUUAACACAAUAGAAUACUAUACAAUAUUAAAAGGUGUGAAAACAGUUGUAUGUAAUAUUACAUUUUUAAGAUAGCACAAAGAGCUUUGGUUUAUGAAGUUCCAAAUUGUAUGUCACACUGUUGUGUGCAUGUGUUGUGUGUGUGAUGAAGCUCACAAGCCACAGAUGCCUGGUUUCAUUAAAAUUGUGGCACACAUUGUGGAUAAAUACCAGCUACUUUAGGUUACAUUCAAAUUUAUUCCACAACUUCUGUUUUAAACUCAAAAUAGAAACAUACAUUUUAAGUUUUAAACUAGAAUUAAAUAGGUUUAUGACAUACUAUUUAUAUGAUAAGUUUAAACUGGAAAUCAUCUGCUGGAGGUAUGGACAAUUCUUGUAAUGGAGUUUAUACUGGGGGGUUGGAAAUUUGUGAAGAACAUAACAAGUAUUGAUUAAUAUUACUCUGAAUCGAAGAAAUUACAAUUACAAUUGUUCUUUAAUAAAUACUAAACAAAAUAUUGAAAUUUCAUACUUUUGUCAACUGUGUGCUGUACUUGUGGCAGAAACAUGUGCAAAAUGCUGUUCGA